AAAAUACCACCUUCGUGGGUUCGGAGGUAACAUUCAGUUGCGCUCCGUCCCACAAGCUGAAUGGUGUCGCCAAGCGUGUUUGCCUAGAAUCAGGUGGUUGGAGCGAUGCGACGCCGAAAUGUGAAGAAAUCCGUUGCUCAGAACCUGUACUGGCCGCGCACAGUUUGCUUUCCGUCACAGGAAAUGACCGCAUGUACGGUCGUACGCUGAUACGUACAGCCGACUCGACACAGAAUAGCGCACAGACUUAUAAGGUUGGCGCCUUGGCUAAAUAUCGCUGCGAACGCGGUUAUAAGAUGGUCGGCGAGGCUCUUGUGACUUGUGAAGACAAUGGCCAAUGGAGUGGUGCAGUUCCGGAAUGCGUGUAUGUCGAAUGCGGUAUUCCAGCCAAUAUUACGAACGGCAAAGUCACCCUGGCAACAAAUGUGACUUACUAUGGUGCAGCGGCAUUGUACGAAUGUAAUCCUAAUUUCAAAUUGGAUGGAGUAUCACGUCGCUUGUGUGCCGAAGAUGGCACCUGGAGCCAUGAAAAACCAGCUUGCAUAGAAAUUACAUGCGAUGAGCCAGAUAUUAGUGAAAAUCUUAUAGUCGAC